AUGGCCUCCUUCUUCCGGCGACUCGCUAAGUCAGCUCCGAUUACAUUCCCCACCGCUUUCGGAUCCCAAACUAAAUCUGGUUUUGGCACUUACCGAUUCUCUGCCGGUGCAAUCGCGGCACUUUCCGGCGGAUUCUCCUACUAUUACCUCGCUUCCGGCAACAAUCUGGUUUAUCUGGAUCAAGCUAAGGAAGAGACAGGACCAAAAACAGCUCUAAACCCUGAUAAAUGGCUCGAGUUCAAGCUCCAAGACACUGCUAGAGUUAGCCACAACACCCAUUUGUUCAGGUUCUCAUUUGACCCUUCAGCCAAUUUGGGUCUACAUGUUGCUUCUUGUCUCCUGACAAGGGCUCCUUUAGGCUACAAUGCUGAAGGAAAAACGAAAUAUGUCAUUAGACCCUACACUCCUAUAUCGGACCCAGAGGCUAAAGGCUAUUUUGAUUUACUGAUUAAGGUAUAUCCAGACGGAAAAAUGAGUCAGCAUUUUGCCAGCUUAAAACCGGGGGAUGUGUUGGAAGUAAAAGGACCAGUUGAAAAGUUCAAAUAUUCGCCUAAUAUGAAGAAGCAUAUUGGCAUGAUUGCUGGUGGGAGUGGGAUUACUCCAAUGCUUCAGGUGAUCGAUGCCAUUUUGAAGAAUCCCGAGGACAACACGCAGAUAUCAUUGCUUUAUGCCAAUGUUUCUCCAGAUGAUAUACUUCUCAAGCAAAAGCUCGAUGUACUUCAGGCUAGUCACCCAAAUUUGAAGGUAUUCUAUACUGUUGACAAUCCUGGUAAAAACUGGAAAGGAGGAGUAGGUUACAUUUCAAAGGAUAUGGCGCUGAAAGGCUUACCUCUUCCUGCGGACGAUACUCUUAUCCUUGUAUGUGGUCCUCCUGGGAUGAUGGAACAUAUAUCCGGAGGCAAAGCUCCAGACUGGUCACAAGGAGAGGUCAAGGGGGUACUAAAGGAACUCGGAUACACAGAGCAGAUGGUUUUCAAAUUCUAG